GUUAUGUAUAUUAGUUUUCUGUGUUGUUAACCAAGAGAUCAUGAAGAGUAGUUGAAAACAUUAAUCGAAGUUAGAAAAAUAAUUUGCUGUAAUGUGAUAACUAGAAAAUAGAUAGGUCAAUUCAAAUUUGUUUACACUUAAACUGUUAAUAUAAUGUCGGAAAUUCGCGUAAGUUUUAUAUUAAAAGGGGCCAGUAGUGAAUCUGGGGCUUCAGACUUAAUGAAACAGGCCUUUGAGAUAUGCCGGCAAAUUAUCGACAACACAAAAUGGUUGAAGGAAACUGAGGUACGAAUAGGAGAAUUGACCAAAUUAGACUACUUGAUAUUUGAGGAUUUUGCAGACAGAGAUCUUACAGACCUAUUGCAAACGAAAUGCGCAAUUUUAGGGCCACUGGCAUUAAGUGCUUGUCUCAUGGAAAGCAAAGCAAUACCGUCAUUUCAGUGGCCAAUUUUAAAUGUUGCCUUGUAUGAUUGCGUUGUGUGUUGCUCUCACUUGCCCAAGAGCGAAAAAGUCAAUAUAAAAGAAAAAGUUGAACUCAUGGGAGGCCUUUAUACCAACGCUAUUACCUCAAAAAAUACCCAUUUAAUCACGGACAGUGCUAAAUCUGAAAAAUAUACGUUUGCAGCAGAAAAAGGUUUGCAACUGAUGUUGCCAAGCUGGGUAGAUCAUGUGUGGAAAACGAGCCAAUCAAGCAACGUAAACGGGAAUAGCUCAGUCAUUAUCAAAAAAUACAAAUGCCCCUGCUUCCACAAGUUAAAAAUUUGCACCACUGGUUUGACAAGCAAAGGUCGAAAUGAACUGGCUGAAUUAAUAUCAAAAAAUGGUGGGGAGAUGGUGGGCAAAUUAAAUCUCAAUGAAACUGAUAUAUUGAUUUGUCAUGGACCCAACGGUACAAAUAGCGAUAAGUUCAGGGCUGCUCGGAAGGUGUCUCACUUGUAUUGUGUCACUGUUGAUUGGAUAUACGAUAGUAUCGAGAAAGGUUAUGCCUUGCCCCAUGAAUCUUACGAGGUUAAAGCUGUCACGUCGACACCGACGAAAGGGAGCGAGAACAUUGAUCCCAAUUUCUCGGCGCUGAGCGCGAUCGUCGGCCCAAACAAUACUCAACGUUCGCAAAUCGACGAGACUGCCACAACCCCAAAACUUUUUCCUCAGUCGGCGUCACGGAAAAAGCGCAAAGCUUCCGCCGAGCUGGUGGACAACAUGGACUUGAAAAAAAUCAAAGGAGCGGGCCAAUUCCUGGACGGGUGUUCGAUCUUCGUGGCCGGCUUCGAUCCGGAACACCGCGAUAAGCUGAACAAGAUUGUCAACUUGAGCGGAGCGACGCGCUACGACGAAGUAUCCGACAGGAUCACGCACGUCAUAGUAGGCGACGCGUCGUGUCCCGAGGUGAUAAAUAUCAAGACGGCGGGCCUGCCGUGUCUGCUCGUCUCGGUGCAUUGGCUGCUCGAAUCGGUCGAGAUGCAGCGGCCGGCGGAAGAGAAACGCUACCUCUUGACCUCGGCUGAUUUUGAUGAGGUCGAUCGGAGCGAAUUAGACUCUCCUAUCAGCAAAAAGGCACUGAACCUAUUGAAAACGACAUCUAUUGUAACCGAAAAUGAGCUGAGCGCCAGGGGCGGCGCACCACCUCCGGAAUAUUCCGCGGACGAGCAGGACGUGACCCUGCAGCGCUACAUGAAAUCAGUAGCGUCGUCGGAACUGACAGAGGACACGCUGGCGGACUUGCUGAAAAACAACGACAACGGCACCUUGCGUGGCGACCGCGAGGCCUUCUCGAUCAAAAGACCCGACCACGGAUUUAAACCAAGCGACGCUUCUACCCAGGUGUCGGAGGUGUCGACCACCCUAAGUCAAGAGAUGAGCGCCGAUCUGCAGAUGUUCGACAAGUUGAGGUUCGUGUUGGUCGGUUUCGAUGAGGAGAGCAGUGAAACGCUCAGGGAAAAUAUAGAGAACACCGGCGGUACGGUGGUAGGGGGUCAGUUUAAAGGUAUUCCCGAUUACGCCGUGGUGUCCGCGUUCGCUGAAGUCACGCUGACGCAGACCGUCAAGCAGGAAGUGAACGAGUUCUGGAUCAUACAGUGCCUCGAGGAGAACGCCCUCGUCGACAUCCGAUACUACCACAAGCCGAUGACUUUGCAUGCUACCAGACCGUUGAAGAACUGCGUAGUGACGUUGAGUAGUUUCGUCGGCAACGAGAGGCAAUUUUUGCGCGAACUGAUCGCCGCUUUGGGGGGCGUGCCCCAAGAGCAGUUGUCCCGUAAACACAUCGAAAGCAAAAACGUUCUCGCAUCUACCCAUCUGGUAAGCUUAGAAGCCAGCGGGAAAAAAUACGAAGCCGCGUUGAAAUGGAACCUGCCCGUCGUGGCGAAAGACUGGUUACUCGAGUGCGCUCGCACAGGCAUCAAAACUGCGGAAAAGUGUUACGUACUUGGUAACGGCGUGGCGGAAUCAGACGAGUCGCUUAAAACUCCCCCUCGCGAAGAGAAAACCAAGCUCCAGAACGACGAUGUCGACCCGAGCAAGAUAAAGUCUUCGGUCGGAACGCCCGUGAGCAGGAAACUCGACAGCAGCACAACAGAGAAGACGCCCCUAAACCGAAUCUACGGAACCGAGAAUGGUUCAGACACGCCGGAAACGUACAGCCAAGUGACGCCGAUCAACAAGAUCGUCCAGGACGCGAUCGAUAACAAUCUAAUGCCGACCCCGCCCAGUCCGAAGGUGUAUUACCCGUGGGACCCGAAAACGCCCGACACGCCCCUGGGCGCGUUCAUACGUCCGAACCCGUCGCCCCGCCUCAGGAAAGAGAUGCAGCGUUACGUCAAUUCGUUUCCCGAGUUCGAACCGCCCAAGAGACGUCUCAGCACGCCACUGUCCGAGCUCAAGCGCCGUCUGAUGGACAAAGUGAUGGGGCGGGGCGAGUACGCGGCGGAGGCGGUGGCGGGACCGAGCACGGAGACGCGCGACUCGGAAACGGAAGAAGGCAGCGGCGACUCGCACGUGUUUUCCGACAGGGACGCGCGUACGGAGAAAUCCGAAACCAAAAAGGCCAUCGACCACAAACUUCAGAAGUUCCAGGAGAUGUUGAUGGCGAGCGGCAGUAACAGCGGCCCCAGGCGGAGCAGCAGAGCGUUCGAGUCCACCAAGAACCUUCUAGGGACGAUCAAGAAGAACGAUGUACAGUCGCAGGCCUACACCGUCGGCUGGGACUACGGCGAAGAAUCCGACAAUUUGCCUCAGAGACAAGUCGAGCGAGAGUCGCCGCGGCGCGUCUUUAUGUUGUCCGGCAUCCAGAGCGCGGAACGCGACCGCAUAGCUAAGCUGGUGACUGACUUGGGCGGAGUCGUAACCAACUCUGCCAAUUACGAUCCGUCGUGCACGCAUCUACUCUGUUCCAAACCGGGUCGCAACGAGAAGACGUUGGCAUGCGUGGCAGCAGGCAAAUGGGUCCUACACGUGUCGUACGUCGACAAGUGCGUGGAGGCGGGAGCGUUUUUAGAUGAGGGACCAUUCGAGUUCGGCAACCCGAAAUCGUACGACACUCUCCAGUACGACGGUUUGGACGUGAUGAUGCAAAACGUGUACCAUUGGAGGACCGAGGUACAGCGUAGAGGUUACGGCGCCUUCAACGACAUGAGGGCGAUCGUCAUCGCGGAGAAACGGGAUCCCAUCGUUAAGGUUAUCGAGGCCGGAGGCGGGGUCGUGGUCAAUGUAGAGCCGCCGUUCGAUGACGCGAUCCACGCGACUCACUGUUUGUUGGAACCGAAAAUGGUUAGGGACCUUGCGAGAUUCGUGCCUCUCGCCCAACAGGGUAUCAAGUGCUACAGCACCAUCUACAUUGAUCAUUAUCUGAGGCGGACGAUUAAAGACUCUAACGAUCUGCUCGUACCGGAACUCGCGCGGUACUACCAACAGACCGAUGAUUUCGACGAUAAUUGA